AUGUUUCUCAGUCGCCAAGGACGCUCGGAUGAUCCAAGACCACCGCGUGAACCAUGUAAAUGUGGAUGUAUGUGCUGCUCGUUCCGCCGUGCAUGCAUUUGCUACUGUUGCAAUCCAGUGCCACCGCGAUACAAGGCCAGAUGUGGGCACAUCAGCUGCGUAGACAAUUCACGACCGCGUUACGAAAAGGGAAUUCUUCCUGCGUACGAAAUAAUCAUACAUCCACCGGGUCGAUACGGAGAAAUUUCUCGCACAAUCGUCCUCGAUUAUUGUACUCUGUACGGCUUCGCGCCUAUUCCAGAGCCAGGCACUUGCACAUGUGGCUCUCCAAAUUGCAAGGACACUGGAAGAAUUCGUCCCACCCUAGUGCCAACUAUCGUAGAGGAAGAUGAAACGGAGAUCGAUGACGAAUCUGAACAGGACACUGGAGCUGAGGAGGCAAUUGCUACCGACACUGUGGCCGAAGAAGAAGAAAAAGAUAACACCAAGGUAGGAACUAUGCCCGUAGAAGAAUCUACGACCGGGGAGGAAGCUAAUGUUGGAAAGGAAGCUGAGACUGCGGAGGAAGCUAAGGUUGGAGAGGAAGCAGAUAUCGACGAGAAAGCGAAGAUCGAGGAGAAAUCAAAUACAAAAAGGGAAGCUGAAGUCGAAGUAGAUAUUGCCGCAGAAGUGGAAAUUGAGGCUGGAAAGGAGCUUAAGGCAGAAGAUAUUGAUUCUUGCGACGAGGUUGAGAUGGCUGUAGAAGCACGUGCCGACGACGAAACUGACUUUGGAGAGAACGAUGAAGAAAGGAUUGAGGUUGAGGUGUUCUUGAAAAUCGUGACGAUGGAAGUGACACCAUCUACUAGCACUAGCGGGCAAAUUGACGAGGACAUCACUGGCAAGGACAAGGCCGUCAAUGAAAAGGUUGCUGAUGAAGAGAAUUAUUCCGAUGAAGGACAUGAAGCUGAGGAGAAUGCCGAGGACGACGACGAGCUUAAAUCAAAAAUCUGA